CGAUCAACAAAGAAAUUACUCCCCUUUUCAUUUUAAGAUUUUGCUAAUAUAGAAUAGGCAAAUAAUUAGAAUAAAAGAAUAGCCUGUGUGCAGUCCCAGACACCCGAAGGAAAUAAAUGCAUGGGGAUUACGCAACUUCGAACCAGCCAACAUAUACAAAAAAUGUAUAUCGCAUUAUAGAAUAUAUUAAUAAAAUAGACAUAAAACUACAACAAAUACAGAAAGAUAUAUACGAUACAAGUAUUGAAUAAGGUAAGGAAUAGAAGUACUGUCAAGGUGGAAUGACUGUCAGUGCAUGCUAACCAGCCUGUUUCCAAACAUUUUAAUAGUGGCAAUCACAGUGUUUCAGAUAUGGAAAUUGGAACCCACGAAAUGCGCUUCAUAUCCAAACUUCGCACUGUCAACCCCUUAUGGCGUUAAUGAACGUUUUUCCCUUUUUAGUUUUAUGCAAUUGGCCCUGGUAGUUCGUUAUUUUUAAUCACGUUGUUGAAACGUAGGUUUAUAAAUUAAAUCUUGUUUGUGCGAAACUUUUCUUUUAGGUGGAAAGAAAUAUUUAUCGUCUGUACCAUCUUAUCGGACCCGGUUCAACAGUAAGUGUACUUGUUACAGCUUGUAAGUUAGGAAUUAAUAUUAUAUUUACAAGACAUUUCCCUCAACUAACUAAAUGUACGUUUCAUAUAAUUGAAGGUGGGAAUAGUUGCCCUCCCAAACAUUUGAAUUUAAGACUUAAUGUGGCACGAUAUAUUUAUCCACACAAAAUUCUUUAUUAAAAAUUCGUGUCCGCUAGAAAAAUAACGACUUACUUAUAUGACAUGACGCGUCACGAUUUGCUCACCCUGUCUCGCGCCAAAAAACAGUGCGCUAUACCUUAUUAUUGUGUCUCUGGUGCAGGAAUACGUUGAAAUUGUGCUCGCCGUAUGGUACCGCAAUGACUUUUCCAUACACCAAAUAAAAAAAUCUAUAAUGUCAAAAACUUUUUUUAUCGAAGAAAACGACACAUUUUAUUUCAGAAUUAUGUUUUCGCAUCCACUGAUUUUGGUUCACUUAUCUCGAACGAGUAUUCGGCCAUAUUUUUGUUUGGAAAAAUAAUAUUUAAAUUAUUCACCAUUCUUUAGGCCCAGUGCAUGCGCAGAUAAUUUAAUUUACCAUUCUUUCAUGUCCAGUGCAUACGACGCAUCAACGCUCGUUUCUAAUUCGAACAACCAGGGUGUUGAACAGCCUAGCUGACGAACUAACACGAUAAAUUUGAACUCAUUUAAAUCUACAAUUCUAAGUUAUUACUUCCGUGCUUUGGAAAUUUCCUACGAUCCUGAAAAUCCAAGAACAUUCAAAACUAUAUCUACCAAGUGUAAUACCGCUCGAACUUUGGUUCAGCCUCUUAAGUGCUGCUAUUAUAGUUAUAGUUUUAUUUAGAUAGUUUCUUUAUGCUUGUAUAUGUCCUAAUUCGGGCGCGCAGUAAUUGGCUCACGCUGUUGCGUCACACAGCCUAUAUAGUCAUGUAUAUUAUUCUUGUUCUUGUUAUAGUUUUGUGUUUUGUAACAUGGCGAAACUAAUAAAUAAAUAAAUAAAUAAAAUAAAUAGAUAUUUCCCCCGUUGUUUUGAUAAAGCGCCUGCUUUCCUUGCAUGGAAAAAUAUCAUGCGCGGACGGCAAGAGGUGGAAUGCCGGAAAAAAUGUGUAAUAAAAUUUAUGACUUCGUUCCUAUAAGAUUGGUAAUUAAAUUCCAUUUUUCUAUGUAGGCACUCCAAAUCAUUAUGGGAAACAUUUCAUUACUGGGUUUACAGCUCAGAAUAAUAAUUAUCGAGAUCAGGACUACAUUGGAUUGUCAAUGCUUGCCCCCUACGACACAAACGUUACGAUCUUUGGUACUCUGUCAAGCAAGCCUUGGAACUACACUGUUCAUAUUAAAGAAGGAGAAAGUUAUGAGUAUAAACUGCCGAUUUCACUGCGAAUGGAGAAAUCAAAAUACCGGCAGAAUGGUAUUCAAAUUUUAUCAACUAGAGACAUUUCAGUAUUCUGUUUAAAUCAGCAAGGUUAUAGACAGGCAGCGGAUGGAUACUUGGCUUUACCGACCAACACGCUAGGUUUAGUUUAUGUUGCUGCAUCAUAUCAACCGUAUAGUACGAGCUAUAGAGCAAAUAUCGCCGUAAUAUCAGCACAUAACAACAACACGAUUAUUGUUCUUCCCAACAAGAACGCGGUCAUAUACUAUCGCGGUCUCUGGUAUGAUGACAGUACAUCGCUAUUAUACAUAACCCUAGUCCUUGAAAAACUUGAAGCACUGUACAUUUCGGGUUCAUCAGAUUUAUCUGGAACAAUUGUUAUCGCAAGUAAACCAGUGACGGUUAUUUCAGGCGUAGACUAUGCACGUAUUCUGGGAUCGUCUGAUUUCUUAGAAGCGUUCCUUUUACCUGUUUCAUCGUGGGGAUAUGAAUACAUAUUGACAACGGUAGGAGCGAUGGAUAAAAAUCAGGGGGAUAUUUUUCGUAUCUUUGCGUAUGAAAAUAAUACUGUUGUUGAAAGUGGGUACUGGACCAAAAUGUUGUCAUCCGGAGCAUACACAGAGUUGAUAUUGCAAAAAAAUCUUACAUCGUUUGUUAAAUGUAGCAACCCAUGUCAAGUGGUGCAGUACGUCCGACGACACUAUAUUGGCGGGAAAUAUGCUGACCCUUCAAUGAUAGUUCUGCCAUCAACAAGUCAGUUUCUUUCUUACUACCGCGUGAUACUUCCUCGUGGUUCAGAAUAUCAUGAUUCCAUUACUAUAAUGAUACAAAAUGAAGAUAUAGAAGGUCUAUAUAUGAAUGGAUUAAAACUGAAUGGCUUACGAUGGGAAAGGAUCAAUGGAACAAAUUAUGUAUGGACGGUCGUAAGUUUAUCCGAUCCAAAUACUGUCACAGUCUAUCAUACUUCUUCGGCUGUAAAGUUUGGUCUCCUUGUAUUUGGCUGGAAUAAUGGUGUUUCCUAUGCUUACUCUGGUGGAUUUGGUUUACAUAACAAUGCAAAUGGUAAGGUGCUUUACUGGUGGUAA